ACCCCAAUGUAGUAAUUAAUGGAACUAGUCUUUGUUUAUUGGUCGUGUAUGGUUCCAAGUUUUGAUGCGAAAAAUUCAAAUUCCGAAAAGUCUUCACUGUUAACAAUUCUGGCAUAAUUAAAUUAAUACUACUGGUUAACAAUUUAUAGGUACAACUAGUACUAGAAAUCUUAUUUCUGAUAGUAUGAGUUAUCGUGGUAGAGGUAGAGGUGGUGGGUACCACAACAACUACAAUAACAAUAAUGGAAGAAAUAAUUAUAAUCAUCAAAAUGUCGAUCUGUACGUGACUCAAAAUUCGAUUCCUAUAGAAAUUAUGGGUUGGAAUGGAGCUAGUCUGGAAGAAUGUAUAAAUUUUAUAUCAAGAAAAUGUAAGAUUGUGGUGAUGAAUCAUAGUGUGGAUUCCAAUACAGGAAUAUUAAAAGGUUAUGUAAAAACUCAAGAUCAAGCUAAUGAAUUAUUGAAUUGGUCAGGAGUUAAAUUUGCUGGCCAAUCAUUAAAAUUUACUAAAGGUACUAAUUCAUUUUCUAAUAAAAUGAGUCAAUCUAGUGGUAAUAGUUCAAAUACAAUUGAAGUCAUAACUCAAUUUAUUAAAUCCAGAUAUCAACCUGAUAUUAAAUUACUUAAUUUAAGUUCAGUAAAACAUGAUCCUCAAUUAACAUCUCAAGGAUUUUUCAAUAGUAUUUCAACAUCUUCAAAAUUCUUUCCAGCUUUAAUGAAAAUAGCUGGAGAAAUUAAAUUAGAUGUAGUAAGUGUUGAUUUAUCUGGUAAUGAAUUAACAGAUUUAUCAUCAAUUAGUACUUUGGCUGUAACAUUCCCAUUAUUACAAAAUUUAUCAUUACAAAAUAAUAAUCUUUCAAGAAUUAAAGUAUUUGAAACUUGGAAACGGAAAUUAAAUUUCUUAAGAGAAUUAUUACUUAGAGGAAAUCCAUUAAUGAAUAAUGUAUCAAGUCCAUCUGAUGUAGAAAAUAUAAAAUUUGAAGUUAUGAGAGCUUUCCCCAGAUUAAUUGUGGUUGAUGGUGAAAUACUAAGAAAUGAACAAGCAUUAAAUGAAACUUUAUCAUUUGGAUUUACUGAUAAAUCAAGUAUGUUUUUCCAAGAUGAAGAAAUUAGAAAUAUGGCAACAAAUUUCAUAUCAAAUUAUUUAAAAUUAUGGGAUUCAAAUAGAGCUGAUUUAAUGGUACUUUAUCAAGCAGAAUCUCAAUUUUCUAUGCAAGUUGAUUCAUCUCAUCCAUAUAUUAUUGAAACUAAUGCAAAUUCUAAUAAUGGAACUGAUUUUGGAUAUUAUUUAUCUAAUUCACGUAAUUUAACUAGAGUGUCAUCUGCCAAAGCUAGAGUUAGUCGAGUUGCCAUUGGACAAGAACAAAUUUUCAAAUCAUUUUCUCAAUUACCCAAAACUAAUCAUGAAAUUUUAACUAAACCAGAAAAUUUCAGUGUUGAAAGUUAUAGAUUCCCUCAAUUAAAUGGGAUUAUGAUAUCUAUUCAUGGUAGUUUUGAAGAAUUAGCCAAGCCAGAUAAUACUGAAGGGUUACAGACUUCAAUCCCUACUGGUCCUAGGAAUAAAUUCAAUAAUCAUCAAAAGCAUAAGACGAUUCCAUUAGGUAAAAAGAGCUUUGAUAGAACAUUAGUAGUGAUACCAGGUCCAAAUGGAGCUAUGAUAGUAGCCAGUGAUCUUUUAUUGAUCAGACCUUAUUCAUCACUUGAUGCUUGGAAGCAACCACAAUUAGCUCAGCAACAACAGCAACAACAACAACAACAAUUACCACCACAUGUCAAUACUCCUCCACCAUCAGCCCCACCUUCUUCAGGAUCAGCUACAAUACCACCAGUUUCUGGAAUUCCAGGUGCUAUUCCUGGUCAUGGGCCUUCAGUAGCUGACUUACCAGCAGAAGUUAAAGCUAGUCUUAAUCCAGUCUACCAAGAAUUAUUGGUUAGAAUCAUAGUUGAGACUAAAUUAACUUUACAAUAUGGUUUAAUGUUGUGUGAACAAAGUCAUUGGGAUUACCAACAAUGCAUAGUAAACUUCAAAAAUUCAAUGGCAUCUCUACCUAGAGAAGCAUAUGCUCCAUAGUCUAAGGUGUCUAUUCUCCUACAUAGGUUACACUUUAUAGUUUAUAUAUAUUAAUCGGACAUUAAUCUUCACUAUAUAUUUUGCAAUUAAGAUA